UUGAUGCUCUGGUGUUACUAUCUUGAAAUUCUCAGUAACUUGAAUAAGGGGCACCGCAUUUGACAUUUUCACUGGGCUGAGCCCAUGAUGCCGCCGGCCUGACUGCGCAACACCAUGCACCCUGGAAUUCGUGGGCAAUCGGAGGGAUUUUCGAGGGUAAUGACCACGGGUAGGGCGCGGCAGGUGAGGUUGCGGAGGGCCUCACUCACAACCUUUGGCGAUCUUCGCAUUAGGUGCUGUGAUACGGGUUCCGAUAUUGACCCCUUGGGGCCUGGAGACGGCUCGGCUCCCCAGAGGUGCGGAGCAGGGCAAGCAGGGUUGGGACGACAUGGCCUGUGGGAGAACUGGGCUCGCCGGAACUGGGCGCGCAAGAGCCCCGAGGCGCGGUGACACGGGACGUCGGGCGCGCGGGCCUGGGGCGGGAACUGCGGGUGCGCGCGGCCCGGGGCGGGGCUCGCCGCCCGGCUCCUCCUCCGCGCGCGGCCUUGCGGCGGCGGCCACUCUAGCCAGCGCAAGAUGUCCCUAGAACAAGAGGAGGAAACGCAACACGGGCUGCGCCUAGGAAGCAGCGACGCCGUCCCCGCCUUCAUUGAGCCCAACGUGCGCUUCUGGAUCACCGUGCGCCAAUCCUUUAUUCGACGACUUCUUCAAUGGACAGAAUUAUUAGAUCCUACAAAUGUGUUCAUUUCAGUUGAAAGUAUAGAAAACUCGAGGCAACUAUUGUGCACAAACGAAGAUGCUUCCAACCCUGCCUCGGGGGACCAAAGGAUACAAGAAGCUUGGAAGCAGAGUCUUGCCACAGUGCAUCCCGACAGCAGCAACCUGAUCCCCAAGCUUUUUCGACCUGCAGCGUUCCUGCCUUUCAUGGCGCCCACGGUAUUUUUGUCAAUGAUGCCACCAAAAGGGAUCAAGUCCGUGAUUUUACCUCAGGUUUUCUUCUAUACCUACAUGACAGCGUUCAACAGCAUCAAUGGAAACAGAAGUUAUACUUGUAAACCAGUAGAAAGAUCAUUAAUAAUGGCGGGAGCUGUUGUUUCUUCAACCUUCUUAGGAGUAGUGCCUCACUUUAUCCAGAUGAAGUAUGGCCUGACUAACCCUUGGAUUAAAAGACUUUUACCUGUGGUCUUCCUCGUGCAAGCCAAUGGGAUGAAUGUCUACAUGUCCCGAAAUAUUGAAUCCAUUAAGGGGAUUGCAGUCAUGGACAAGGAAGGCAAUGUCCUGGGCCAUUCCACAAUUGCUGGGACAAAGGCUGUUAGAGAAACGGCAGCAUCCAGGACAGUGCUGUUUGGGACCUCUGCUCUGAUUCCGGAAGUCUUCACCUACUUUUUUAAAAGGACCCAGUUUUUCCUGAAAAACCCAGGAUCAUUGUGGAUCUUGAAACUGUCUUGUACUGUCCUGACAAUGGGACUGAUGGUGCCAGUUUCUUUUAGUAUAUUUCCACAGAUUGGACGGAUACAGUGCUGUAGUCAUGAAGAGAAAAUUCAGCCUUCAACAGAAGAAACAGAAAUCUUUUAUCACAGAGGGGUGUAGGCAUGAGUUUCGGUGAAUUUAUGUGCUUCCUGCUUGAAAACCUUCACCUCUCCAGGUUGGGUUUAGAGAACUCUGCCAGAGGUCUUCUGGGGACCCCAGAGGUGUCUGUGCUGACAAGGUGACAAAAUUCCACACUGAGAUCACUCCCAGGCUGGCAUGUCUGGGGUUUUAAGGCUGGCUGGAGAAGACAGUGGGAGGGUGCCCCAUCUGACAUCCCUGGGGUUGCUAAGGAGAAGGUUGGAGUGGGGAUCGGCCUGCGAAAGGAUACUAUGAAAUCACGAAUUACCUAAUAAACCUGUCUCAAGUUGAGUAUUUGAAGAAAGAA